UUUUGCAUACCAACGGAAAAUCUGAAUGAAGUGAUCUUGAAAUGUCAUAGAACCGCAGAAAUCUUGCUAAACUCUUCGCGAUCUCACGUAAAAAGGGGAAAAAAGCAGUGACGCAUCGAAAUUAUGCAAUGAUCUUUCGUAAUCAGUGUGCUGUUCAUUGAUAUUAGACACAAAAAGAAGGGAAGUCGAGUUUUCGAGAACUAUGUUAUCGACUUGGACAAUACCCACAGAUCCUGGUUUUGAUACAAGAAGACCUACAAACGAAGAUCGAUACAGUCCAGUGUACGCCGAAAGGCUACCAAAGGCUAGAGUAAGGCCUGAAGCACUGUCAAAUGCGAUAAAAAACCAGGGAACUUUAGCGCAGUUGUUUAAUCCUUCCGCAAGACCUUACUCCGUCGGAUCAAGACCAGCUUCAGCACAAUACAAGAAUUUUGCAAAAGAAAAUGUCCAUCGAAUUAAAGAAAUACAGAAAGCAAAUCGUGAAAAACAACGAGGGUCUACCCCAAGUGAACCAGUGAAGGCUGUUUAUAAACCAGGAAAGUUUGAUUCUGUUGAAUCCAAGGUGGCCCUUGAAAUUAAGGCAGCCCCACCACCUUUAAUGCGUUCAAACUCUGCCACAUUUCUCCGAGCAGGUUCAAGGAAUGGUCCUCCAGUUAAGGACCGACCAACUUCUUGUGAACCUGUAAUCCCACGGGAAAUGAAACUGACUGUUCCUAAAGCAACCAUAGCUAAAGAGCACAAACCCGAAGUUAAAAAUGUCAACCACGUUAGCCAAAAUGUCCGCCGAGCCCCUUCGCCUCUUAGACCUCGUCCACCUUCAGUUGUUGCAGCAGAGGAGCUUGCCACCAAGAAAAAAGAGCAAGAAAAGCGAUAUCAGAAAGGCAAAGUUCCCAAAUACCUGAAAGAACGUCAAAAACAAUGGAAGGAGGAGGAAAGAAUAAGAAUCGCUAACACACCAGAUCCAAGUAUACCCCCUGGACACACUCUGAUGACCAGAGAAGAACGGCUACAGACUCUGGCAAGUCUUCAAAAAAAUCAAACAGAACUUCUCGCCCAACUGAACGCGCUUCCAGUUCGGGUUGACACUCUGAGAGUUAAGACUGCGAAAGCCGACCUAGAAAGGAAACUCUCCGAGAUAGAGGACGCUAUUAAGAUAUUUUCUCGACCUAAAGUGUUCGUUAAAGUAGACGACUGACAACCUCUGUUUAAUGAUGAAAAGAGGUAGAUAAAGGAAACAUCUCUCGCGUUUGUAAAUAUAUGUUCAGUUUAAUUUGUCAAAGAUUUACAAAUAUAACCUUCAUAGCUAAUAAAUUCAGAAAAUCAUAAAGGCGUGUAUUUUUUAAGAAUUGUAUAUACUGUGCAAAGAGAUAAAAAAAAACCAGAGAGCGAGUUUCGCUCUUGGAAAAAAAAAUCGGUUUCACCUGCCACUGUUGAGGUUUGCGUUCUUAGUCAGAUAAAGGGAAACCAAUUUGAACUUUUUAUAUAUUAGACUGAAGCAGCAAAACAUGUCCUCUGAGAACGGAAACUUGGAAGGUAACUCAUGCUUUUACCUCUAACAUUGUUUAAUCGUCUUUUCUGUCCGUGUUUGAACGAUAAUGAAGUAUUAUUUAGCGUUGCAAAUGGUUUAAAAGUGUACUUUAGAUUUCUUAUUCAAUUUCGCCCUGCCUUUCACGCUAGGUAAAGCUGUUUCUCCUAGCGGAAGUGUGUACUUCUACAAGAAAUGACAUACACGAUGAUUAAGCAUUGCAUGUGGCAUUAGAAGGCUGGAUAUUUUAGGUUCAUGCUGAGUUUUACAGUCUGAAGGUUACAAAUAGUAAGAACCAGUAUGAUCACAUCAUUUUAUAAAGCUUUCACUGGCUGUGCGAACAUUUUCUUAUUCGGUUUUUUUAUGAUUUUGAAGCUAACAUCUAUCGCAGGCUUAAGCCGUUAGAGCAAACCACUUCCGUUAAAUGAGCGUGUAAUAAUUUGCAUGUCUCACUAAUUUAUAAUUAAUCCCUGGUCACGAAAGAGUAAGAGAGAGAUCGCUUGACUUGCGGCAAGCGUUGGCUUCUCUUCUGUCAAAAAAAAAAAUCACCCCUCGGCCUUAACAGCCUUGAGUCGUAUUUUGGCACAAGCAAGUUCCUGAGUAAGUCCUUGCGUGCUGUUUGCCAACGCGGACAUCGCAUCGGUCGUGACUAAUGUAACCCAUGACAAGGAAAUAUGUAGCAGCUGGAAGGGAGAAUUAACGAUCAAAUCGCGGAAGUAAAAGGGUUAACAACCCUAAGUC